AAUGAAUAUACAUUUAAGUCUAUGUAAUGUGAAUUGAAUGUAAUAUUGGAAUGAUUCGACAUUAAAAUAAUCACAAAAUGGGAUUUAAGUUAAUCCCGAAAAGAUAUCUUUUGAAAUGAUUUCAAGUGUUGGUAUUCGUCUCACAUUCCGAAGGACGACAUCGUCGACAGUAUUUAAGCCAUGAUUUGAGACAAUAGUGUUUUGUAUAGAUUUUGAUCGUAUAGACCAAGAAAUGUCAAAACUUUCCUUAUUAGCAGCACUUUUGGGAGCGGUAGUCAUCUGCCAGGGUGCCUAUACUGAAGGUCCGUUCAGACCGGCGGUCACCCGCAGUAUUGACGACUACUGCAAACACGAGGGAUAUAUUCCGGGUCCCGAUCCUUAUUCAUACUACAAGUGUGAGUACGUACCCGACCAGUGCUGGAACAAGCACCUGGAGCACUGUCCCGAAGGUGGCACUUGGCACGAGGAAAUCCAACAAUGUGUAAUACCAACCACCACAACCACAACUACGACCACCACCACAACUACUACCCCGGCCCCUACCACUACAACUACUACGGAAGCCCCUACCACUACAACUACUACGGAAGCCCCUACAACUACAGCAGCUCCAACCACCACUAGUAUCGAUUGGUGGUGCUCUAGGGAUGGCUAUAUGCCACACCCCAGUGAUCCUCAUGAAUACUUCCAGUGCGAAUGGAUUCCAGGGACGGGAUGGUACCUCCAUUUGCAACACUGUCCCGGUGUUACUAAAUGGGUUCAGGCGGAUAAGAGAUGCGACGGUAUAUAA